AUGGAGGGUUUCGACACCAUGGCGAUGCCCUACCUGGGCUCUCCGCUGAACCUAAGCAAUAUCCAAGGCACAGAUUAUCUCAAUGCCUUACCAGGGAUGGACCUACCCGACCAGCGUUCCAAUUUUGAUUCCGAUACAUUCGUCAGUGGAGAUGAUUUAGCUUUCCCUCAUCAUACGUUGCCUCCGGAGGCCCUCAAGCGGUUCUCUUCGGGCUAUGAGGAUCCUUUCGCGGACAUGGUGACACCCUUCGAGCCGGCACCUCCAGCCGAGCAGCCUGCCGACUCCUCCAUCGACCAUAACAAUAAGCUUUUGAGCUUCUCAAUGCCAGUAUAUCCUUGGACGCUGCUUGAUUAUUCUUUUCGACGCACGUCAAUAUCAGUCUCAGCUCAACUACAUGGCAUGUUUUUCCUCGCCGAGUCACCGUGGACGACGUCCCCAACCGAAAACGCCCCGCCUCAGCAGGGCGCCGAAUUGACCUGCUACCGGCGAAAUUUAUUCCAGAUCACCGGCUCUGUGACCCUUCCUCGGGGAUUACGUUAUAUAAUCACGGAAACUGGCGAUCGGAUACCCAUUGUCGCGCAGGAGCUGACUGUGUCGGCCACCGAAUCUGUGGAAGGAAAUUCGGUCAAAAUUAUUUCUGUGCCCUGGAAAACUCCUGCUGCGAACGGGAACUCAAACACUGAAGACGCCAGCAACGGUAACAAUCCGAAUGGCACUACUCCCAAGGUCGAGAAAGAACCCCCGGCCUUCCCGUUGGACAUCAUGGCUGGCCAAGAUCUCGAUACUGACUACGCCACUUUCCCAAUCGCUUGGAAGCGCCUUCAAUUUCGAGUCGCGACUGCUAAUAAUGGGCGCAGAAAGGAGCUCCAACAGCAUUUUGUUGUUCGACUUAGGGUCAUGGCAACAUUGUCCACGGGAAUUAGGACUCCCAUCUGCGAGGUACAUUCCGGUCCAGUCAUUGUUCGUGGUCGCAGUCCCCGCAAUUUCCAGUCUAGGAAAGAUCUACCGUUAAGUGGCAGUGCUGCUGCUUCUAGGAAGAAUGCGCAAGCUGCUGCUGCUAGUACAAGCCUUAAUCGAACUUCUCCCAGCGAAUCUGGGCCGCACUCUGGGUUGACAUCCAGUAGAACAAAGGCUGGUAUGAAGAGCAGCUCCCCAGAGACUUCAGCAUCCCUGCCGAACGUGGUUCCUCCGCAGCAAGCUUCCCCGGACUGGGCGCAGAUUGCAUCGAGUACAACAGUUCCCCCAACGACACUACCUCACUCGUCUCUCUACUCGCAGUCUAGUCCAGAAUUUUCACGCCCCAUAGAGGCCCAUCGACGGACAAGCAGUGUUGCAGCCCCCAUUAAUUUAUCCCUUCUGGACGACGACAAUCCGGAUCUAACCCAACUUCAUGACCAGGCUCGGCCUCUUGCAUCAUUUUCAAACGAUCCAACGUCCAAGCCCAUAAGUGUGGACACGCCUGGGCGGCCGGCCAAAAUACGCAAAGUUUCCCACUCUAUGCCUCAAACACAGUCAAGGAGCACAUCCGCCACAGUCCCCUUAGUAAGCGCCACGAAUUUCCACCAACAUUUUGGCUCUAGCAUACCCUUUACGAGCGAAAGUGCCGAUGUCUUAUAUGAAUACUUCCCAUUGGGUCUGGAAGACUGGCAGGGGCCUGUCGAUGCUGUUUACCGGCCACACGUGGUACAUCACACUAAUGUGCCCCAGAUGAAAUAUGUUACGGCACGAGGUCAGAGCAAGCGAUACUUCGCUGCAGAAGACGUAUUUUGA